CGUUUGAUAUGAAAAAUGUUGCAUUUCGAACUUAACCUCGUACUGUCGUUAGUCGUACAAUAUAGUCGUCUCGCAGCUGUCAUAAAAUCUUUUAUUCCUCAUCGCUUACCGGAACAAGUACAUCACAAAUAUUGUUCAUCACAACAAAAUAGAGAAAAUAACAUACAUGUUAAGGUCCAUUGAUUAUCUUCGUUAAGAUUCAACAAUGUGUGAAGUAAUCGUGUUGUUCGAUGGAUAUUCUAAUAAAGACGAGGAUGAUGUAAUGGAAGCAAAUUGCAGUUGUACUUUAAUUAAAGGACCAAAAACAAUAAUCGUCGAUACAAUGACUGCCUGGGAUAAAGACCGAUUAAUUCAAGCUUUAGCACAAAAUGGCGUUCGGCCAGAUGAUAUAGACUGCGUUGUUUGCACUCAUGGUCACGCUGAUCAUAUUGGAAACAACAAUUUAUUCACGAAUGCAGAACAUAUUGUUGGUUGUUCCGUUCAUCGGCGGACAAAGUUUUAUAAAGAUCUUAGUAAAGAAGAUUAUCAUCCUUGUGAAGGAGUGAAAAUUACAGCGACUCCUGGUCACACCGGCGAGGACGUUACGGUGUUAGUCAAUACAAAGAACAACGGACGCGUUGCAAUAACAGGCGAUUUAUUUGAGAAAGAAGAAGAUAUUGCAGAUCCUUCGAUUUGGAAAGAGCAAUGUGCUUCAGAAUAUCUCCAGAACCUGCAGGCAAAAAUGCGUUGGUUAAUAAUAAAUACGUCGGACUUUAUUGUUCCUGGGCACGGUCCAAUGUUUCGUGUGACGGAAGCAAUGAAAAAACUAGUCGAAUAUCCAGGUGUGUGAGACAUGUACAUAAUAUGAAUAUUAAUAAUAAGGAACAAAUGUCUUUAUUUUUUAUAUAUCGAUAUCGAAUUCAAACUUCAGUCCUUUUAUUGGACUGAAUUGCACAAAGGGUAGAAUACUUACGAAUGAUACUUAAAUUUUAUAAUUAAUAUACGUAAUGAGGAAUGCAGAUAUAUUUACAAAGAUUUUUAUUAAACACUGCAUCGAUUAUCGUGUAUCACAAUAUUAUUGUUAAUUUAUAUGAUUACAUAAUUUGUAUAUAAUUAUUAGUACAUGUAUAUCUGUGGCAAAAACAUUCGCUGAAAGGAGUGCAAACUCCUUUAUAAAUAAAACUAUUAAUUUAUAUAUUA